AUGGCCGCAUCUCAGGCUUCAAACGCAACCGUUGGCGCUCAGAAGCGUCCCAACUUCCUUGUGAUUGUUGCAGAUGAUCUUGGCUUCAGCGAUCUCUCCUGCUUUGGCGGAGAAAUCAGAACUCCAAACAUUGACAAAAUAGCAAGCAAUGGAAUUCGCUUCACCGACUUCCAUGCUGCAGCUGCUUGCUCUCCAUCACGCGCCAUGAUCAUGACGGGAACGGACCACCACAUCGCAGGCUUGGGUAAUCUUAUUGAAUGGACCAAUAUAUCCGGGCAAAAUGCACCAGCAGAAGGCAACUCAAAGCGCUUCGAUACCGCUCCCCAGCGAGGCAUGCCUGGUUAUGAAGGUUAUCUCAAUGAGAGAGUCGCUACACUGCCAGAGAUUCUGCAAGACGCUGGCUAUCUGACUCUCAUAUCCGGCAAAUGGCACCUCGGACUCACUCCUGAGCGUAGUCCAAAGGCAAGAGGCUUUGAAAGAAGCUUUGCUCAUCUGCCGGCGUGCUCAAACCAUUACGCAUACGAACCCCAGCUUGAGACACCUGACAAAAUCCCCGAUUUCAUGACCAUGUCUUUCAUCGCUUUACAUUCUGAAGAUGGGGAAUAUGUGAAGAAGCUCCCUGAUGGUUGGUACAGUAGCAACGGCUACGGAGACAAGAUGCUGUCCUACUUGAAGGAACGCAACGAGAAGAAGGACGAAAGACCUUUCUUCGGAUACCUUCCUUUCACAGCGCCUCACUGGCCUCUUCAAGCCCCUGAUGAGUAUAUCGCACAUUAUAAAGGCGUGUACGAUGAGGGACCAGAGGUUCUGAGACAGAAACGUCUGCAGAGAAUGCAAGAAAUCGGUCUCAUUGCCCGUGGUGUUGAGCCGCAUGCAGUCAUCGCAGACGAGGUUAAAGCUUGGGACGCUCUAACAUCUGAAGAGAAGGCCAAAUCUGCCAAAGCAAUGGAAGUCUUCGCUGCCAUGGUCGAAUGCAUCGAUGCCAAUGUUGGCAAGGUUGUUGAUUAUCUUGAGCAGACUGGAGAACUUGACAACACCAUGGUUUGCUUCAUGUCUGAUAACGGAGCCGAGGGUGCAGCUUACGAAGCAUAUCCAAUCGUCCAAGGUCAAAUGAUGCAGCACCUGAAGAAGUACUACAACAACUCAAUUGAGAAUAUCGGUCGUGGCGACAGCUUUGUCUGGUAUGGCCCUCAUUGGGCACAAGCCGCAACAGCCCCGAGUAGAUUGUAUAAAGCCUUCACUACCGAAGGUGGUGUUCGUGUUCCGUUCGUCGCCCGCUUUCCGGCGAACGUCGAAACUCGUUCUGACGGUUUCAUCGAUGGUCCUGUAGAAGUCGCUAGCUCUGGUUCCCACGUCAGCGUCGAAAAGGGCAGUAUCACGCAUGACUUUGCUACAGUCAUGGACCUUUGUCCCACUAUCCUCGAAAUGGCUGGUGUGGCACACCCAGCACCGAACUACAAGGGUCGUAAUAUCGUCCCCAUGCGGGGUGAGAGCAUGCUAUCGUUCAUUGAGGGACGAUCCCACUCUACUCACUCCGAAGAUCACGUCACCGGCUGGGAGACUUGUGGUCGUGCAGCUGUUCGCUGCGGUGAUUGGAAGAUUGUCUUCAUUCCCAAGCCCAAAGGUCCCGAAAGAUGGCAACUCUACAAUCUUUCGAAGGAUCCUGGCGAGAUACACGACCUUGGUGAAGAAGAUCCUGAACGUCUUGCUCGUAUGAUCAAGAUGUGGGAUCAAUAUGUUCUUGAAACUGGCGUGAUUCCUCUAGCACCUGAGCUGGGCGCGUUCCUAGAGGCGACCGAAGCACAAAUGCCUGAGAAUGCCUGGAUGGAGUAUGAGUACUGGAAGGACGGCGCGAGGGAUGAGCCUGAAAAGUUCUUCAAGCAACCUCCAAGGUUCCAGAGGACGGUCAAACCUAUUUAA